GGGUCUGUCCGCUGUGGGAGUUGGGGAGAUGUGAAUGACCCUGGUCUCCUCAGCCAGCAACCAGAGGAGGGUACACAGGCUCUUUCGAGCUGCUCUUGGUCAGUCGGGUACCCUGGGAGUCAUUUUAUUAUGGGAGAGGAACAGGGGGCAUUGGUCUGGAGUCAGGAGCCAGGCAGGAAUCUUGGGUUGUGAUCUUGGGUUGAAUCUCCUCUUGGGUUGGCCUGUGAUCUUGGGUUGAAUCUCCUCUGCCUCAGUUUCCCCAGCUGUAAACUGUUGAAGUUCUUAGCCCAGCGUUAUUGUGAGGAUGAAACUAGAUCAUGGGUGUGAAAGCCUUUGUCAACCAGCCACUCUGUGCAGAUGUGAGGGCAGCGGGGUGUCACGUGGCAGCCCCGCCAGCGGGCUCAUCUCCCUCAAAGCCUUGUUUGCACACUCUCUUCCGGGCAAAGCCUCCCUCGGCCAAAUUAAUUCCUGUCCUGGAUCCUCUGACUCAGUUCCCCUGUUACACAUGGGCCUCCCCUCUCUGAGAUCAGAGACCAGAUCAUAUUUGUGACACUCAACAUACAACACAGCCACAGGCACGAUAAAUGAAGAUAAAAGAAGCGGCAAAUUCUGCCCGUCCUGCCCUGCCCACCCUCAUCCAUCACCCGUGACAGUUCCCUGAGGCAGUGCUCUCAAUAGCCCUAUUUCACAGACUGGGAAGCUGGGGCUCAGAGUGACGAGAUCACUUGCCCAAGGUCACUCAGCUAAUACGUGGCUGAGCUGGGAUUUGAACUCAGGUCUGACUGCACAGCCAUGCUCGGUUUCACUCCACUGCACUGACUGAUGAGCCGCUAGGUCAGAUUCUAAUAAACAGACCCUGAUGGGCACCAACUUGGGAAUGGAGUGGUUCCGACUGGGGUAAUGCAGUGGAGCAGUUGGGAACGUGCACUCUUGAUUCAAACCACAGCUCGGCCACUGACUUAGCUGUGAGAUCUCUCUAAAGCUCAGUUUCUCCAUCUGACACGUGGGAGUAAUAAUGGCCACAUCAUAGGAGGGUGGGGAGAAGAAUCUGAGAGAAUGCAAGUGAAAGCAUGCUGUAAAUUGUGAAGGGUAUGUACAUGAGAAGGUGUGGAUUCCAGUGAUAACGAUGAUUAGAAUGACAGUGUGAUCGCCACUGCGGGCAGAGCCGCGUUGUGACAGUGCCCGCUGGCAUGACUGAGACCCCAUUCGUAUCUCAGUGCUGAGGCGAUGUGAACCUUCCCUAGCGGCCAGUGAAUGCCCUGUGGACGUCCACACUGAGCAGUGACACAAACUCUAAGUACAUUUCUGCUGGGGCUCAGCUCAUUGGAGCCUGAAGGUUUGGGCUGAGGCCCGGAUCUCUUGAGGCAAAGUGAGAAGCUCCUUGAAUCUCUAAACGAAGACUCUGCUUCACCUCCCGGGUUCAAGGACACCCUAGUGCAGGGGGUGGGGAGGGUAGACUUUGCAUCCAGUGUCUGCCUGCGCCCCAGGCUCUUCUCUGGACCCUUCCUUCCCCCUCCCCACAACUCACUGCUGCAGUGGGGACAGGGGUGCCUAGGAGCACAGGCUGCAGAGGGUUUGGCAGGCUGGCCAUUGGUAAACUACGCAGGCACCAGCUCCCACCUCAGCUCUCUCUUGCCCCCGCACAUGGGGGAGCGGGGCAUUGUGUAGAAGAGCCCAACACCCGGAGUUAGAAGGCCUGUAGGAGUUCUAGUUCUGCUAGUUACGGCGACCUUGGAAAAAUCACUGAACCUCUGAUCCGGCUUCCUCAUUUUAGAAUGGCAACCGGGCCACAGCAUUCAACACAGUCCUCCCAAGGAACCCAAACCCGAGGUCCUGGCACAGAUAACACCGGGCCAUAGGGCCCAGUCACAGCUCCCAGGAUGCAGCCGGGUUGCCUGGGAAGGGAGCAGUGAGCCACUCUAGCGCGAAAAUCUAUGUCUCUCUUGCUGGAUCCUCACCCCCUUUUGCAGCCCAAACUCAGGGGCAGGGGAGGGAACCAUCAUGUAUCACAUUGCCAGGGCCUCCUGCAAUGAGUUAAAGGUCCUCCAAAGAGGAGAUGGGAACCUGCCCUUGAUGAAUUAGUGAAGAGUUAAGAGAUUCUUCUGAAAGGCAUUGCCUGAAACUGUGCAGCUCUAUUUAUUACUUACUUAUUUUUUUUCAGCAUAGUUAAUUUGUACUAAUUAUUUGAAUAAAGAGUAUUCUUUUUAAAUAAAACUUAUAACCGGAGACCAGAGGGAAGGGUUUUUGCAGAAGGGCCAUUGGUCCCUGAACUCACACCCACAAACAACCUCAGAGAUGAACUUUGAAUUGUUAUUUCCAAAUGAGGUUAGUGGAUGACCCCAGAGUUACUCCAGCAGGAUCAGGGAGGUGAUUUUUCCCAGAAAAGCUUAAGCUUCUGUCUUAUUCCCUUAUUAUGAAGGGAAGACUAUGGUUUCUCGUGAUAAGGUAUAAUAUUUUGUGUAUAUUAAAGCCAUUAGUUCGUUAAAUAAAAUAUUUUGUUUAAAAUAUCACAAUUUUUAUAACCCUAUUUGGCAUUGAGAAAUGUGUCAUACGCCUCUGGGAGUGGCCCAGGCCUGUGUCUGCCCUGAGAGGCCCUGGGUAUAAUUUGGGAUUGACGGUCACACUCUCAGUUGUCUGUACCCACAGAGAGCCUGGCCAGCUGGCCCACCCACUCAUAACCUGAACUCUGCCCACUUACAGGGGAGUUGGGGGCAAAUUCUGGGUUUGCAGGUGCAUUAAGGCAAGAGGUAGCAGCCCCCAUCCUGAAACGGCCCCAGGGAUCUGGGACGGGCUGAAGUCUCCUGUCCUGCGUAUUCUGCCUUCUCAGCCUACUGCUUGUCUUCCCCCCAAUUGUGACCUCAUGUUACUCCAGAAUGAGCUCCUUUCUGGACCCCUUUGGCUUCCGGACCCUCUCUGUUAUGGGGCUGGGGGCUGUAAGUGGGGAUGGAAUGCACUGAGCUGGCAGUGGGGUUCGGCCCUUCAUGGAGGGAGACACUAGCCUUAGGCAGCCAGGAAUGGAUGCCAGCCCAGCCAAGGGGGUCUUUCAACCAUGGCCAGCUUGACCCAGCAGCUUCUGCCCCUUGGGUGCCAUCAGAUGGGGAGGAAGAGAAACCAAAGACUGGACGAUAAGAAGGCCUGACUUGCAGAACAGGUCACAAGCAGGAGGCAGAAGGGACUCAGAAUUGGGGAAGCUACCCUUCCACUGACCUUGGGGACAGCUGUCAGGGUGGGAGAAAGGUCCCAGGCCUUAGCCCAUGCCUGUCAGACUAGACAUAAAGGAUCCUGUGACCUCUCCCCGCCCCGCCCCUCAACCACCUUCCUCACAAUGGGGUUCAUUGCUGAGGUGGGAGGGGCAGCCUAGGGAGGGCACAGCGUGGGGCCUGCCUGCCAGACAACCUCGGGGAGCCUGUCCUUUCAAGCAUGAGCCAUACCAUCUGGGCUCCCCGACUCCCAGUGUGCUCUUAGCUCUGCCCGCCUGGCGUGGGGUCCUGGAGACCUUCUUGGAGCUCAUCCAGCAACCAUCACGCAGGGUGGUGCUGGGGACCGCCCUCUUACUCGGAGGUGGAGCCCUCAUGUUGUGGAUGCAGAGGAAGAGGAGAAGGAAGAUAGAUUCUGAGACUGCACAAGACGAGCAGGAGCCACCAGAAAGCGACAAAGCAAGGAAGGAGAGCUGGAUCAAAUCGCACUUCAGCUGUCUUUCCGAAGAGAAGCUGGCUGCCGGCAGCAGCCCCACCUGCAGCCACAGCGCCGGGGCCUGCAGCAGCGGUGCUGCUGCCCAGCCUGAGAGCGGCAGCGGGGAGGCCAGCACCAUGAUUCCUGUGGACACCUUCACCACGAGGCAAGGAGAAGAGGGCACUGCUCUUCACCGGGAGCCCUUGACCAGCAAGCAGAGGAUGUCUGGGACCUCAGUGACCAAAGAGACCCACGAGGAGUCUGGGAAAUCCUCGUCCACAGAUGAGGCCAUGUGGGCCGCCGUGGCUGCCUGUACCGAGGAGAUUGACACCAAGGGGCAGCAGCUGGCUAUCUCCAUGUUGCAGCGUGCCAUGGCUUGCCAGAACUCAGGCCACCUGGAGUCCAAGGACAUCAGCCAGGAGGAGCUGAAGGCCCUCGAGGAGGUGGAGAUGAAGCUGAAAGGGAAUUUCCUCACCCAGCAGGAAACCACCACAGCUGGUGCCAACCACAUGCACACCUUCCAUAGCCAUGGCCACCAGGGUUAUCCAAGCCACCCGAGCCACCCGUGCCACAGCCCGCCGAACAGCAGCCACCAGGCCUACCAGCCCUUUAAAGCCACCUAACCACAGAUGGAGAUGCCCCUUCCCCCCACAGGGCUAGCACACAAUCACAGGCAUCCUAUGUGGUCCGUCUCUCCGAUGGGGCAAACUAUGUGGCCCAGAUGCUGCUUAAAUCCCUGCUUCGUCAGGCCCUCACAGGGGUCCCGGGUCCCUUGGAUUCUGUGAGCGGAGUCUGCCACUGAUGGCCCCUGAUGGAGGGAGAGCUGGGGGGAAUUGAAGCAGCUGAGACAGACUCGCAGGCCACGGAAGACCCAGCAAGAGACGAUGCGCGAGGCAGAUCCCAGGAGCAGCUGAGAGCACCAUGCUGAUGCCAGCUGCCUGGAACUGAGCCAAUAAAGCCUUGUAUACCCUCACUCUGGGUCUGAGGGCUUUGUGGCCAGCCCCAGGUCUGGGCGGGCCUCUGGGGAGAGGGUUCCUCCUCCCACAGUCCUCUUCAUGUGGGCUGAUUCGAGACUCCAUAAUUCGGCCUCCCGGGUCUCAGUUUCUGGGCGUGGGGAAUCUCCAGGGGGCUCAACUGCCACCGACCUGCUGCUACCAAGGAAGGAGGGAGCAGCUGGGAGUUGGGAGGAGUGGGGAGAGACAGGCUUUGAGAAGCCAGGAAGUAAGCAGGGGUGGGAUGUAGGUCACCCUGUGUACUACCGCCCUCUCCCUGCCCGCACUGGGAUCCGUGUUGGUGCCUCCCCACCGCCUACCUUCAGAGCUACCGUGCCAUAUGCUCUCUCCUUGUUCAUGCUACUCUUGCUGGGGCUGCCUCUGUUGCAGUACUGCUAAACUGUAGUAGGAUUAGUACUACCAGUAGCUCUGCCCACCUUUUUUUGAGUGUUUAGUAUAUGCCAUGUUCUGUGUUGUGUUACGGCACAGCCCCAUGAGGAGGGUAUUAUGUUAUCUCCAUUUUGUAGUGAGGCUCAGAGGUGUAAUUUUCCUGAGACAGCCUAGACAGUAAGUGAUGUUGCUGGGGUCAGAGCCCAGCUUGGCCUAACUCCAAAGCCCGUACCCCGAACCCCUGCCCUGUGCUACCCCCGAGUCCGAUGUCCACCAUCCCCCAGUGGGCCUAUCUCUCUUAUACUUAUCCCUGUCCUCUUCCCACAUGUCCUGACACUCGCUGUGCCCUCCGGCAAGCCUGGGACUCUCCUUGCCUCCUCUUCCUGGGUUUCACAAAGCCAUUUCUGGAGCAAGCAGUGACCCCCAGGUAGGCAGUUAACGGGAGGCAGCUGUCUCCCCCAUGAAACUUGAGAGGAGUCAGCUACAUGGCACUGUCUAACCUCCAGUGUCUCCUUUACGUAGAAAUUUCUUACCAUUUGCAUCUAUUAUGGAUUUACCAGUGGUUCCCAACCUGUGGGCCUCCAACUCCAGGAAGAAGGUGCCGAGAAUCAUUGCAAAGGAUGGUUAAAUCUGUAAACACCCUAAAUGUUGUCAUUUGAUUUUAUGGAGCAUAGUUGGGAGUAUUUGAAUAUUUUUGACAUUACUAGUAAGUGACUUUAUAUAAAUGUUGAUAUGUGUGUGUGUGUGUGUGUGUGUGUGUAUUUAAAGUACUUCAUAAUAGGGACUUCCCUGGCGGUCCAGUGGUUGAGACUCCACGCUUCCACUGCAGGGGGCGCUGGUAAGAUCCCUGGUUGGGGAACUAGGAUACCCCAUGCUGCACAGCGCAGCCAAAAAAAAAAAAAAAAAACUUCAUAAUAAAAAUCUUAGUUGGAAAAAAAUAGGGUCAAUCAUACUGGAAAAUGUUGGAAGCUGCUAAUUAGAUGGAAGGCGAGAGUAGUGAGGUUUGGCUUCUGCAAGUGACUGUUAAAAUGCAUAAAAUGCAUGCAUUUAUCUGGAAGACCUUAAAUCCCUUAUUAAAAACUUAUUACAUAAAAUUUCAGAUUAGCUAAUUAUGACUUUGGAAUCUUAACUUUUAAAAAGUUUCAAACUGGCAAAAUUCAAAUAAAGUGUGUAGUUAGCAUUGUACCAAUGUUAAGUCUUUGGUUCUGAUCAUUGUACUCUAGUUAGGUAAGAUGUUGUCAUUAGUAGGGGGCUGGGGGAGGGAUGUAUGGAAAUGCCCUGUACCAUUUUUGCAACUUUCCUGUAAAUUGGAAAGUAGUUCAAAUUAAAAUUCAAAAAAGUUUUCAGGCAAUUUAGUUAAGAGGGAUAUCAAAGUUUUAUUACAGUUGUGUUGCAAGGAAAAUAGCUUCUAAGCAGCCAACUCAAGUAUAUACUCUUGGAAAGGAUAUUUUUAUAAGAAAAGAGAAUGGUUAAAUCAUUGUUAGACUAGAUAGAAAGAAGAGAGGUUAACAGUCACUAGACUCUUGUCUUAGAGUCUGCUGGGAGAGUGGCUGGUUUCCCAGGCCAAGGCUUAAUUCCAUUGAAGCUCAUUAGGAAAUUGCUUAAGCAUUUCAUCAGGAACUUUCAUUUCUUCCUAGUGGGAGGUUAUGAAUUACAUCAUGCAAAAAAGUUCUGCCUUAGACCAGGUUUGGGACAAUUUUUCUUUUAUGCAACAAAUUAUCAACGCACAUGUCAACAGGCAGUGUGCUGGGUGUCACGAAGGAGGCCAAAAUGAGGACACCAUCUUUGAUCUUGAUGCUUCUAGACAAGGUAGGGCAAGUGCUGGGCAAGGACAACAUGCUAUGGAGCACAAGGGAGAGGGGGAUUAAGGAAAGGCUUCGUGGUUCUUGCAGCAUCUGAGGGGCUGCAACUAGGGAGGUGUUCUGGGCAGAGAGAAAGGUACAGGAGCAAAGGUGUAGAGGCAGGAUGAUGGCAGUGUGUCUGGGGACCCUGACAGUCAGUUUGGCUGGAGGGGAACAUUUAGAGAUAGGCAAAAGGGAGGAGGAAAAGCCCGAAAAGUGACUCCAAAGCCUCAAGGCAAAGAGAACUUAAGAGACUGUCCCAUCCAAUUUCCUCAUUUCACAGCAGAGGCCAGUUUGAGAAAUUUUGUCAAGUCCCAACAGGUGGGGGUCGGGCAGAUUGAAGGGUUCUGAGGAUCUCUGUGCACUUUUGAGUAGGCAGCAGGGAAGGACAAGGAAUAGGUAAUGGAAGUUCAGAGGAGAGAUGUCCAGUGAAGGCUUGAUCCCAGGAAGACUUCUCAGAGGAGGUGGCAAUGAUGAUGGGCCAAGGGGCAUAACACUGACUGGGGAUACUACUUACAUAAAAGAGACUGUGAUUCCUUUUGGCCACAGUAAAUCACGCUGUUGCUUGUGUGUCCUCAGCCCCCACCUACUCCCCUCACCAAGCCUUUCUGGCUCCCCAGAGCAGCCAGAAUAACCAUGGGGGCAAGGGAGAGAAGCUUCUGAAAUGAGUCUCUUUCCUCUUAGAGCUGGAGGGGGUCUGAGAGGUUCCUGAGUGCAGCCUCCCGUCCCACACCAGCCAUCCUCCCCCUCCUCAGACUGAAAGUUGCCACCCUCCUGAUUUAAGGCUUGAGCACUCCUCUGACUAAUAUAAUGAUUACAGCUAACAUAUUGAAUGCCAGGUUCUAGCUAUUCCAAGCACUUUACAAAUAGUAUCUCAUUGAAACUUCACAAGUCUUGAAAAGGGGCACCAAUAUUACCCCCAUUUUUCAGUUGGGGAAGCUGAGGUUUGGUUAAACCAUUUGCCCAAGGGCUCAGAGCUGGCGAGGGGCCACAUUGGGAGUUAAACCCGGGCUCUGACAACCCUACUGUGCUGCUCCCUGCUUCCCCACCGCUCACUUUCCUCACUCCCCACCCAUCUGGAACCCCGGCCUUUUCCUCUCCUUUAGCCCCACCUCUACACCAUGGUGGCACAUUAGGCCUGAAACUGGACAUCUGGUCAAGGAGAAGGAGGGGGUUCUUGGCAGUAUCAGUUCACAGACUUCAAAGUGCUUUCUUUCUCCUACAUUUUCUCAUUUGAGCCUUUAAGACAGCCCUAUCAGGUAGGAUUGAAGUGACUUUAUUGUCGUCCCAAAGAAAAGGAAAUGGGGUCUCAGAGAGCGCUGUGACUUGCCCAGUAGCCAGAGGGACUGGAGUCCAGCGCUUGCCUGACGCUAUCACACUUCCCCUCCCCCAGCCUGGCAUCUCUUCCUUCUUGGGAGUCAGGCCCGGGUCGGAUGCUCCCUUAAAUGAAAUGAGGAGAAGCCACUAGGAGUCUUGAGCACAGGGGGAGCUCAAGACCCAGCUAUCCUGCUGUUUAGGCCAAGUCCAACUGUGGGGACUGGAGGCUUCUGGAACUGACCACCAGAAUGAAAGGGGACUUGGGAGUGAGUGACUGUGUCUGGAGACAUGUCUGAAGCAAGAAGCCCCCUUCAAGGGGGCUGGCAGGAAAUGUUGCGGAGGCAGUGGCAAGAGCUUGUUCUCUAAAUUCUUAGCCAGAGGGUGCUGGUCCAAUCGUGGCUGGAUUGGAGCCCUCUCUGGGGUUGGCAACUCUGCAAGUGGGGUGAUGCACUGGGAAAUCACUGUGGCCUUAUGGAGCAAGACAGAAGGAGGCUCCCACCAUAGGCCCCUAGCCUGACAUGGAGGAAUUGAUCCUGAGGAGGCAAUGCAACAGAAGCCAAAAUCUGUUUGCCUCAAGAUGUUCCCUGCGAUGUUACCAAGGCAAAAACUGGGGGAAAUAUGCUAAGUAUCCAGUGAGCUCUUCUGGCAACCCACUCAGUGGACUUUAACGGUAGAGUGAACAGCACAGAGAGAGGUUUGUGGUGUAACGUUGUCUCCGCAUCACACUGUGUCCCCUUAAGGAUGACUCAUAGGAACAACCUCUCUUUGUCCCAGUGCCAGGAAACGCUGUGUUUCUCCAGGACAGCUGCUUUGCUUUAUCUUGAUUUCUACAUAUCUGUCAGCUGACCACGUUUCCCUUUUAGCUUUGACUGUCGGGAAGCUCCAAGUCAAAUUUCUGGCCCAUCAGAACUGUACGGCAGGGAUUCUGUAUACCAACAUUGCCCCUGGCUUUCUUUUCUUUCCUUCCUCCCAAACGGUCUUCUAUUUAUUAAUACUCUUCGUUUAUUGUAUGCUGUAUUUAAGAAAAAAAAUUGAAAUGGAAUGGAGAGGAGAAAGAACAGGAACGAGAAAGUAAAACGAAAAAAGCUGAGAGGAAAAUGGUUUAACAUUCCGUUUAGAUUCAGCUGAAGAGCAUCAAUUCUACUGGUCUCUCAUGGAUAUAAAAGUGUUGACACCUUUAACUGGUAAAGUUAGAAAUCUCACAGAUGAUGGUUAAAAAAGGAAAAUGCAAAAUAAAAUAAUGAGAUGUGGGCUUCCCUGGUGGCGCAGUGGUUGGGAGUCCACCGGCCGAUGCAGGGGAUGUGGGUUCGUGCCCCGGUCCGGGAGGAUCCCACGUGCCGCAGAGCGGCUGGGCCCGUGAGCCAUGGCCGCUGAGCCUGCGCGUCCGGAGCCUGUGCUCCACAACGGGAGAGGCCACAACAGUGAGAGGCCCGCGUACCGCAAAAAAAUAAAAAAAUAAUGAGACAUCAUUUUCCACCCAGAAAAUUGGCAAAAAUUAGUUCUGACAAUACUCAGUAUUGGUGUGGAUGAGCACUAGCAUUUUUUUCUAUGUGCUGCUGGGGCAUGAACUGGCUAAUUAGAAUUUUCGCACGUGAAGGUGCAUUUACACGCGACUCAGCCUUUACACGCCUAAGUAUCUAAACUGAGAGAAACUUUUAAACGUGUUUGUUUCAGCAUUGUCUGUAAUAGCAAAAUUAGGAUGUAUUCUAAAUGUCAUCAAAGGGAGAAUGAAAAGUAAAUUGUGGUCUAACUUCACAAGAGAAUAUUAUACAGCAAUGAAAGUGAAUGAAUCAGAGCUCCCUGUACUGCUGUGGCCAAGGUGCAAAGCACAAUGGUGAGCAAAAACGGCAAACUGCAGAAUGUUAUGUGUGAUUCCAUUUCUAUAAUGUUUUAAAUGGCAAAACCCAUCUUAUAGAUUGUUUAUGGGUCCAGAUGUAUGUUUUAAGGGUAUAAAGACAUGAAUGGGAACAAUAACCACUUGAGACACGCCAGAGGUGAGGAAGAGGACGGUGACGGGGUGGGGGCAGGUGUUGUGGGUGCUGGGUACACCGAUGUGGAUUCUAUCAUUAACUAUUCUUUGUGGCAUGCCUAAAAUAUCUCAUUAAAACAAAGAAAAAUAGUGUGAACACUGUCACGGCAACUGGGUAGCA